AUGUCUGUCGAUGAAUCGUGGACGACUAGAAUCAUCACCGAGGAGGAAGCUGACACUGCCCAAUCCAAGAGUGGUUUCGAUCCACUUACCGGGAUUUACCACUCAUUGCAUCAACUCGGAGAGAAUUUCCAAAUCCCAACCAGACAUGACAUAGACACUACCACUUAUGUGCUAUCCCAAUUCCCUCAUCCUGAUCAUGCGCCGACUAAAGUUGCCCUUAUUGAUUUGGCCACCAACCACCAAGUCAACUACUCACAGCUCCAUCGAUCUAUCCGUGCCCUUGCAUCAGGCUUGUACAAUGGCCUAGGAGUCCGAAAAGGUGAUGUGGUGUUUCUUCUGUCACAAAACUCAAUCUUGUAUCCGACAAUAUGUCUCGCUAUAUUUUCCACUGGAGCAAUCCUGAGUCCUGCCAAUCCCGUCAACACAAAAUCAGAAAUUUCUAAACAAAUACAGGAUUCGGGUGCUAAACUUGUUAUAUCAUCGCCAGAGGAGCUGCAUAAGUUGUUAGAAAUUGGAGUGCCUACGCUAGUCACAACUCGUGAGUCGAAUGGCGAUUCACUAUCUGUCGAAGAACUGAUUGAAUACAGUGAUCCGCUCGAGUUACCACAGGUCGGUAUAACUCAAUCAGACACUGCAGCUAUACUAUACUCUUCAGGUACUACUGGCACAAGCAAAGGUGUGAUAUUAACGCAUUCGAACUUUAUAGCCGUCAUGACACUCCUCAAAUGGUCUGUCUUCGCAACUUCAUCACAAAAUGACACAUUCUUGUGCUUCAUCCCUAUAUUUCACAUCUAUGGCCUCGCAUUUUUUGGGUUAGGAUUAUUUUGUGCAGGGAUUACGACAGUUCUAAUGCGAAGAUUUGAUUUUCAAGCAAUGCUUGAUGCUGUUCAAGCUUACAAAAUUAAUAACAUACCUGCUGUCCCUCCAGUGAUACUUGGGCUAGUGAAGAAUGGCAGCAAAGUUAAGCGUGACUUGUCAUCUUUAAGAAGGGUGGGAUCUGGGGCUGCCCCGUUGAGCAAGGACUUGUCUGAUGAGUUUAGGCGAAGGUUUCCGUGGGUAGAGCUAAGGCAAGGAUAUGGGCUUACAGAAAGCUGUGCCGCAGCAACAUUUUUCAUUUCUGAUGAGCAGGCUAAGAAACACCCAGCUUCUUGUGGACGGCUAGUGCCGACUUUCAGUGCUAAGAUUGUGGAUACUGAAACAGGAUCAGCUUUGCCACCUGGUGGAAAAGGAGAGCUGUGGUUAAAGAGUCCUACUAUAAUGAAAGGGUACUUGGGAAAUGAGGCUGCUACGGCUGCAACAAUUGAUCCAGACGGGUGGCUAAAAACUGGUGAUAUGGGUUAUCUUGAUGAAGAUGGAUUUCUUCAUCUUGUUGAUCGGAUAAAGGAGCUGAUCAAGCAUAACGGGUAUCAGGUGGCUCCGGCAGAAUUGGAAGCUAUUCUUCUGGGUCAUCCCCAAGUACUUGAUGCAGCAGUUAUACCUGUGGAAGAUGAAGAAGCUGGACAGAUACCGAUGGCAUAUGUGGUGAGAGCAGCUGGUUCGGAACUCACUGAAGAACAAGUCAUUCAAUUUGUUGCUAAUCAGGUUGCCCCAUACAAGAAAGUGAGAAGAGUGGGUUUCAUCAGCGCCAUUCCAAAGUCUGCUGCGGGCAAAAUCUUGAGGAGGGAGCUUGUUUCACACAGCCAACAAAUUACCUCGAAAUUGUAG